AUGGACAAGGUUGAGGGUCUUCCGCUGUCCCAAAUCUGGAACACCUUAAAAAUGCUCCAGAAACUUCAGGUGCUUCUUGCUAUGACCCGUCUCCAAAAACAAUGGAUGAAUGUUUCCUUCUCGCAUUACGGCAGCUUCUUCUAUGCAACUGACGUAAAGCCACUAACAGGCAAUCACUAUGCCAGGGACGGAAAGACCAUCAGUGAUUCAACGUUUGCUAUCGGCCCGACUACAGAGAGAGAUUGGUUUGGUGCAAGUCGAUCACUUUUGGACAUUGAGAAAGGGCCAUACGAGCGUAUUAAGCAGGAUAGCGAUGAUGCGGUUGCAGGGACCGAGCCUGUUGUGGAAGCCAAGGAGACUAUGGGAGAUCUGUGGCCAGACAAAGGCUUCAUCGAGCAUGAACAUUACGAUGAUUGCAAAGCUGCUCUUCGCGAAGUCAAAGCUCAGAUUUUGGAGCAAUUGGCUGACAAUGACAAGAAAAGGGCCGAGUACAAGCGUUACUGGCCGUUUGAAUGA